AUGGACCAGUUGAAGCCAAGCCCUGCGAAUCUCUGCCCUCUCACUCCCCUCACUCUCCUCGAAAGAGCGGCGGUUGUCAACGGCGACUGCCCAUCCAUCAUCUACACCGCCACCACUACCACCACCACCUACACUUGGUCCCAAACUCACCGUCGAUGCCUCCAGCUGGCCUCCUCCAUCUCCUCCCUCGUCAAGCGCUCCCAGGUGGUCUCCGUGGUGGCCCCCAACACCCCAGCCAUGUACGAGCUUCACUUUGCGGUCCCCAUGUCCGGGGCCAUCCUCAACAACAUCAACACCCGCCUCGACGCCCACAACAUCUCCAUCAUCCUGCGCCACAGCGAAUCAAAGCUCAUCUUCGUUGACCACCUCUCCGUCUCUCUCACCCUCCAAGCACUCUCUCUCUUCCCGCCUCACCUCCCAAAACCGCUUCUCAUCCUCAUCACCGAUAAUGAGCACCGCUCAACACCAAUCCCAGCCGUUGAUAAUAAUUACUUCCUCGACACUUACGAGAAUCUAGUGAGGAAAGGGAAUCCGUCGUUCGAGUGGGUCCGGCCGGCUAGCGAGUGGGCCCCGAUGGUUUUAAACUACACCUCCGGAACGACGUCGUCUCCGAAAGGCGUCGUGCACAGCCACAGAGGCUUGUACAUCGUCACCUUGGUUUCCAUCAUAGACUGGUCUGUACCCAAACACUGCGUGUACCUGUGGACCCUACCGAUGUUCCACUCAAACGGGUGGGGGUACCCGUGGGCCAUGGCCGCAGUGGGUGGAACCAACAUUUGCCUCCGCAAGUUCGACGCUCCCAAAAUCUACAGCUCAAUCCGAGCCCAUAACGUCACUCACAUGUGCGCCGCGCCGGUCGUGCUCAACAUGCUCGUCAACCACCCGAUAUCCGACCAGCUCCCACACCCGGUUCACAUCCUCACCGGUGGAGCCCCGCCGCCGUCGAGCGUCCUGCUUCGGGCCGAGUCAAUCGGGUUCUUGGUUUGCCACGGGUACGGGUUGACGGAAACGGGUGGGGUGGUCGUGUCAUGUGCUUGGAAGCCGGAGUGGAAUAAAUACCCGAUGACGGAAAAAGCGAAGCUGAAAGCGAGACAAGGGGUGAGGACGAUUGGGAUGACUGAGGUGGACGUGGUGGAUCCGGAUUCGGGUUCUCCGGUGAAGCGAGACGGGUCGGAGAUUGGGGAGAUUGUGUUCAAAGGCGGGUGCGUGAUGCUGGGGUAUUUCAAAGACCCGGAGAGUACAGCAAAAUGUUUGAAGAAAAACGGGUGGUUUUAUACGGGUGACGUGGGCGUGAUGCAUCCCGAUGGCUAUUUGGAAAUUAAGGACAGAUCCAAGGACGUUAUUAUAACCGGGGGCGAGAAUCUGAGCAGUGUGGAGGUUGAGUCCGUGCUCUACGCGAAUCCGGCGGUGAACGAAGCGGCGGUGGUGGCGAAGCCUGACGAGUUCUGGGGGGAGACGCCGUGCGCGUUUGUGAGCUUGAAGAGUGACGUCAGCCCGAAGCCGACGGAGAAGGAGAUCAUGGAGUACUGCAGGGAAAAUCUGCCGCACUACAUGGUGCCCAAAACGGUGGUGUUUAAGGACGAGCUCCCGAAGACUUCGACUGGGAAGAUUCAGAAGUUUGUGCUCAGAGAGAUUGCCAAGGAGAUUCGGUCGUCGUCGUCGUUGAGGACGACAAGUCGUAUGUGA